UACCGCAGCCGUCUUUGGUAUUUCUCGCAUGCGAUGCACUUGCCAAACUCUUAUAAGCUAGAAACUUAAUCUUAAAUAUGGAAAUUUUACCUUAUAUAAAAUGCAACCAGCCUACUAAACCUAUUAAACAGGUCAAGACUGGUAAACUAGGACAACAUUCUAGGUCACCUCAUUACAACAAGAGCUCGACCCAUCCCACUCUAAUUCUACAGUAAUGAGCCAUUAGACCUUAAUAUCAAAGGUCUUGAUCCAGAUUCUAUGCUCAAUUUUAACAAAACAUGAGCCAAAUGUCUGCCGCCCCACCUAUUAUUUGAGUCCAUAAUUCAGGAUGUGGUUUCCAAUUGGAUCCACCUAGACAUGAAACCUACAGCCCGAUAUCUCAAUCGGGUGACCAGGGGCCGUCCUCGGCCGAACUCCAUGCUCCUAGAAUCUAGCUUAGAUUCUCAGCAGACCCGACCCAAUAAGGCUGUCCGCCUUGUUCUCUGACUUGUAGGUGGCUUUCUUCUUGACCUCGUGUUUCUUUUUCUUCCCUCGCGGAGUCCAAUUCCAUUGCUCUCCUGCCCCGAACCCUCCGUUGCCAGCUAGCUCCUGGAGUUCUCCUUCCUUACUUCUAUCUGAGAGUCCCGGAGAAAUCAAAACAUCUACCGACCUCAAUCGAUAUAUUCUGAUCUCUUACUACAAUUUCUUUCUCUUCGCGUCUCUUUCUGCGUCCAAUCCUGCCUCUUUUGCUGGAAAGUCUUCAUCUUUUCACUCCGAGUGGAUCGAAGAGAUAGAGUUUAGUGGUCUUCUACGGAGAUAUCCUGGCGCUUGAAGUUUGCACUGGCUCUCUCCUUACCUCAAAGAACUCUCAUCUGUAAGUCUCAUCCUGCCCUCUCUUCGUAUACUCCAGGUUCCAUGACCUUGUACUCCAAUCUAAAGAGGGCCGAUUUAUUUCUAUGUUGUUUCAGCUUCGGUCUCUCAGAGCCCAGCCUGCAGCUUUUUAUCAGAUUCUUCCCUGUUUGGGAAAACUUUGAUUUCUUGCUCUUUUACAUCAUCAGGCCCUCAUCUGCCAUCCCAAAACCAAAUCCUGCUACUCCCAGUUCUCUGAAUAGUUAAUAUCCUCCCUUCUAGUUCCAAUCCUACUCAAAACUCUUUACACGCACUUUUCUUUAGAAAAAUCCCAACUUUUUGAUUUUUGCUCAAAGGCGCAAUUGUACCCGGGAAGGAACUCCCCCUCUAUUUUAUGUCUUCAAUUAUAAUCUUUCCAAAUUCCUUCUUUCAUCAGAAAAGAAGUCCUAUAUUUUCCUGAAGACCCCAUUGAGAAGUACCUCUUAAAUGGCCCACCUAGUCGCAUUCCCUUCUGUUCCCAGCCAAUGCAGUGUCACCACCUAAUUUCCAGUUGCUAUCACAAUGCGCCGCCAUUCCUAGUCUCGCCCUCCAAUGUCGCUUGCUUGCUGCAUCCCUGUGCUUGAGUGUGUGUACUGCCUUGCUUGUGCUCGCUGGGCGUGGCAACGCUGCCUCUACAGCGCUGGCCAUGACAGCGAGACCUGGGGACUGGCAUCUGCUGAUGAAUUUGAGCCUGUGCCUCGGCUCUGCCGCCUCAUCCUUGCUGUGUAUGAGGAUGAUCUUGAUCACCCUCAAUGGGCCCCUCCAGGUGGCUAUGGCAUCAAUCCCCGGUGGGUCGUUCACCGCAAGACCUAUGAGGACACCCAUGGCCGCGCGCCGACUUACUUGAUAUACCUCGAUCACGACCAUGCUGAAGUUACCCUUGCUAUAAGAGGCCUACACAUGGCUAAGGAGAGCGAUUAUGCGAUGCUGUUGGAUAAUAGGCUCGGGAAGAGGAAAUUUGAUGGUGGCUAUGUUCAUAAUGGGCUAUUGGAGGCUGCAGAGUGGCUGUUUGAUGCCGAAUGCGAUUUUCUGAGGGAUUUGUUGGAAAAGAAUCCAAAUUAUGCUCUUACGUUGACAGGGCAUUCUUUGGGUUCUGGUGUGGCUGCAAUGCUCGCUAUGGUUGCAGUUCAGAACAGGGAAAGGCUGGGAAAUGUGGAGAGGAAGAGGAUCAGGUGUUUCGCAAUUGCACCUGCGAGGUGCAUGUCACUUAACUUGGCUGUUAGAUAUGCAGAUGUUAUCAACUCGGUUGUUCUUCAGGAUGAUUUUUUGCCUCGGACAGCUACUCCUUUGGAGGAUAUUUUCAAAUCACUCUUCUGUUUGCCAUGCCAGCUAUGUCUAAGAUGCAUGAAAGACACCUGCAUACCUGAGUAUGUCAAGUUAAGAGAUCCCAGGCGGCUCUACGCACCAGGUCGGCUCUAUCACAUUGUUGAGAGGAAGCCCUUCAGGUGUGGAAGAUUUCCGCCAGUCGUUAGAACUGCGGUGCCAGUGGAUGGGAGGUUCGAGCACAUUGUUCUUUCCUGCAAUGCCACUACUGACCAUGCCAUCAUUUGGAUAGAGAGAGAAUCCCAAAGGGCCUUGGAUCUGCAGUUGAUUGCUGAGGGAGGGAGCGGAGCAUGGAGAUUCCCACACAGCAGAGGAUGGAGCGGCAAAGGACGCUUGCAAAGAGCACAACAAGGAGCAUGA